AUGAAGCGCUCUUCUAUCAGCUAUCUCGCUCUCUUCCUGCAGCUACAGACUGCCUAUGGCUACAAGGUCAACGUGAGAGAUAUUCCACCUGAUGCUGAUAUCAUCGGCAAUGGCGUUUGGUGGGGAACUGGUAUGCCUCGUGAUGGCUUUCAAUGCUCGCCAGCCUUUCCUUUGAGCAUCAGUGCCGAUAAGACAGUUGCAACGUGCUGUCUGCCCGGCAACAGUCUCAAGGGGUCUAAGGACACCGAAUGGCACUGCUGCGCUGACGGCCAUGACUUGACCGGAUCCAAAGACAAUGGUUACCAGUGUUGCGCGGAUGGUAGAGAAUGGAACGGCACCGAAUGCAAGGAGAAGACAUGCCCCAAUGGGAAGGUAUUAGUCAAUGGCGUGUGCCAGUGUCCCGAUGGGACAGUUGAAGGUACCGACGGUACUUGCAAGCCUCCUCCUCAAUGUACCUCGGGUCUGACAACCGGCAAAUGCUACGGCUUUGUUGGAACAAAGGGCCUCCCGCUGGCUUUCAAUGAGGGUCAAUAUUCAGAGCGUGCUCCUGGAAAGUAUCCUUGGGUUACUCCAGGCAAAUUCCAGCUCUGUCGCGAUGAGAAUUGCGCCUCCGGUCUCCCUGUUAACCCGGGCACCGAGGUUUAUAUUAAGGACCUCCACUCCAGUCGGGAGCCUGGAAACGACGCCGGCCAGUGGCUCAACAAUAAUCAGAACGGAGCGCACAUCACUAAGACCCCGAACUUCCUCAAUGCCGGAAAAUUCACAUUCACAAAGUGGCCCUGUGGCAAGUACUGUAUUGCCGGACUCGAGGCUGGACUACUCCAGGCUUGCCCCGAUGCGAACCCCGGUCUUACCUUCUCACAGCAGGAUCCCGAGGCUUGCUUAGAGUAUGAAAUUACCGAAGUGCCCUGCUCUAUUCGCGAGGAGUCAAACAACUGUAUUUGGAAGACCGGUGCCAACCAAUGUUGUGGUAAAAUGGAGUGUUGA